GAUGACGGUUAAUGUAGUUGAAAGAAAGGAAAUCCACUACCCAAAAUGCACUAGCAUUUAGGAUAUACCAGGCGGGGAAUAAGAAAAGUGACACCAUGCGUGAAUGCACCCUGCGAUAAUUGUCAGGUUUAAGAAAUAGAAGCAGAGGAACAGGUUGUGUAAACAUAACAGGUGGCAACUGAAUAUUUUGGGAUUUAGUGAGAGAGCUGAUGAGUUCAAGUAUGUUUUGGUGAAGACGGGACCGCGGAUUCGGCCCUCACGCGGGCGUCUAAGCUAACUGUCGUGUUAGCUGUGAUGUUUUCAGAAGUGAGCUAAGCCCACAUAACCGAUUGGUGUUGACACCGUGCCUUUUAAAAGAAAAUGUCUAGCUUUAACUUUGGUUCGGGAACUCUUGGGUCCACCAACACAGGUGGAGGAUUGGCAUUUGGGGCCGCAACCAGUGCUCCUGCGGCCAAUACCGGUGGCUUUUCUUUUGGUACACCUUUGGGUACAGCAAGUGCAACCCCCAGCACCAGCACCAGCACCCCGUCUCUUGGCCUAGGAGGCAGUCUUUUUGCUCAGAAACCUGCUGGAGGAUUCUCCUUCAAUACACCUGCCUCAAGUGCUGCUGCGCCCACUACAGGCCUCACAUUAGGUGCCCCAGCCAAUACAGCUGCCACCACUGGCUUUAGCUUGGCUUUCAACAAGCCCACAGCCUCAGCUACGCCGUUCUCCCUCACAGCUACUAGCACCUCUUCGACAGCCGCUGCUGGGACAGGCUUGACGUUUGGCUCUGUCCUGACCUCCACUGCUCCACAGCAGCCUACAGCCACUGGCUUUGCCCUCGGUCUCGGCGGAACUACGACCACCACCACGGCAGCCUUAACAGGUCCAUCACUAGGCAGCAGUCUCUUCUCCAGCACUGUGCCUACAGGUCUGAGUCAGACUACUCUUGGUGUAGGAGGCGGGUUAUCGUUCGGUUCUCUGCUGGCAACCUCGACAGCGUCAUCAGCAGCUCCUGCUCCGAGUAUCGGCCUGGGUGGAGUCGACUUCAGCACUUCCUCUGAGAAUAAGAGCGACACAUCAUCUGGAGCCAAUGCGCAGGACAGCAAAGCUCUAAAAGAUGAGAACCUGCCCCCAGUUAUUUGUCAGGAUGUUGAAAAUUUUCAAAAAUUUGUGAAAGAGCAAAAACAAGUUCAGGAGGAUAUAAGCAGAAUGUCAUCAAAAGCCAUUUCUAAAGUCCAAGAUGACAUCAAGAGCCUCAAACAGCUUCUGUCCGUCAGCGCCAGCGGUCUGCAGCGCCAAGCUUUGGCCAUCGACAAACUGAAACUGGAGACGGCACAGGAGUUGAAAAAUGCUGACAUAGCACUUCGUACACAAAAGACCCCCCCUGGACUUCAGCACGAGAAUACGGCUCCAUCAGAUUAUUUCCAUAGCCUGGUAGAGCAAUUCGAGGUGCAGCUUCAGCAGUACCGGCAGCAGAUAGAGGAGCUGGAGAACCACCUGACAACCCAAAGCAGCGGCUCUCACAUCACUCCUCAGGAUCUGACCUUGGCCAUGCAGAAGUUGUACCAAACAUUUGUCGCACAGGCCGCCCAGCUCCAGUCUGUCCAUGAGAAUGUCAAGAUUUUGAAGCAUCAGUACCUCUCCUACCGCAGAGCCUUCCUGGAAGACUCCACGGAUGUGUUUGAGUCCAAACGGGUGUCUAACAGGAAAUGGCAGAGCACGCCGCGAGUCACUACUGGGCCUGCUCCGUUCUCCAGUGUGCCCAAUGCUGCAGCUGUGGCCAUGGCAGCCACAUUGACCCAGCAACAGCAGCCAACUCCAGGGGCAGCCAAUCAGAAGAAAGUUGACUGAAGAGAGAGGAGCUAAAACAGGUUUGUUUCAGUCAGUGGAUGAACUGAGGGGACGUGAGUCAUGCAAAUCUAAGUAGAGCUCGAAAUAUAAUAGGUCAACCUUAAACUUGGGUCAUUAUUGAAAUGUCAUGUUGGAGGGUGGUCAGUAUCACAUCAUUUAAAGAUGCAGUGGGCUGGAGUGGGGCGUUUUUUUUUUUGUUUUUUUUUUGUUUUUUUUUGGUAGAUUCACAUCCGACCUGUACACAUGCCAGAUGAGAAUGGGCCUACACUGUUCAGAUUUCUGUCUCCAUGGACAUUGGGUUAAGGUACCAAAAGACUCAGGACUGAAAAUAACUCUGAAAUGUACUUUUUUUUUCUAGUGGAACUAAGGCUGAGAAUGGUGAAAAGCCCUGGUCACUUACUGGCCUAAAUGAAGCAGUGUUCUCAGUGUGUUUGUGUUGUGAACAAGGAGCUGAGGUUGGUCUUUUAUGUGGACAGAUCAUUUGGAUAAUGAAUUGUCAGCAGUGACAGUAAGUGUGUGCAUUAUCUCACUGUUCAAUACCUUGAUAUAUUUGGCUGGUUUGGUUUUAAUAAAGGCCAUACCACUGUAACUUGAUGAAAGUGAUUUCACUUAAGGGCUACAGUCAGUGCAACAGGGCUGGAUCAUUUCACAUAGAGUUCAUUUCAGAGAAAAUGUGGAGCUAAAGAGCUGUUCACAAGUUGUGAUUUCAGGUAUUUUAUCCAAGGCGAUGGUAUGUUGUACAGACAUUUGCUUCUCAAUUCUGUAAAAAGUCUACUUUUCUUGUUGGUUUAACUGUUUGGUAGUUCAGAAGAGAACAAUUUGUUGCUGCUCACACUGGUCCAUAAGUACCAGUGAGAUACAUUAGUGCCAAAAGAACCUGGUCUGUAUGGCCACAUUGUGUGUCUUGAUUGUACAGGGGAGUUUAUUUUCCCACCAUUUUUCUCAUCUGAGGAUACAGCAUUGCUUGUUGUAGAUAGUGCUGCGAGCUCAGCAGUAUUGGCACUCAGAGGAAUAAAGAUUGGAAAACUGCCGUUGAACAUGUCGCGAUACAAACAGGAAUUCAUUGAACCCACUUCCAGUAAUCAUCGGCAUACUGCUGCUGAUUACGGUGGUGUAUGGGUAAAAAAACAACCUAAAUGAUUAAUUGCUAAUGAAAACACUGCUGCUUUUGGACAGUCAGUCCUCUUAUCAAACGCUAGGUUUUUGUUUGUUUUUGUAGGAUUUAAUGGAAGUCCUUUAAAUGGAAGUCCACACUCAUCCAGAAUUUGACAUUCUGUGCAGUUUUGCUCACACUUUAAAAUAUCGUCUUCCACACCUCUACAGUCUCACUUGGCACAAUAAUGACUAUUAAAUAAUGUAAUAAUUAUUGGUCUGUCAAAGUUGUUUUGACUUUGAAGGUAAUUGUGGAUAUUAAGCCACAUUAAUACUCUCUAGUAGGUAUCUUCUCACUGUCAGUAACGUGUAUGCAAAUGCUGUAUUUUCACGAGUGCUAAUAUAACAGCUGUUCCCAUUUACCUCUUUUUUCCUUUUAUAAAAGAAGUGAAGGAAUUAAUGUGACUUUUUAUUUAUUUAUUUUCUAAAUGGUAGGUAGAUUACCAGUGUCACAAUUUGCCUACAUGAAUCUGAGAUGCUCAGUAAUGAAUCUGAAUUAUACCUUUUGGUAUCUUUGUUUUUCUGUGUGUUAAGCUUGAGCACAACAGUUCACAAUAAUGGGCCUGAUUAGUUGACUGUUUGAAUGUUGCUAUUAUCUCCAAAACAUUUCCAUAUUCUUUGUCAUUUAUAGUGUUUAGUAUUUUGUUUGUUUUUUCCCCUGCUAGUGGCGUUCAGGAGGCAUGACUAUUACAGGGUGUUUUGGAACCAGUAGAAUUUACUGUUAGUUAUCUGAAAUUAGACUAAAAAAAUCAAUCUCUUGCAGGUUUUAGCUUGUCAUCUCUCUCUAAAGUCAGACUCGAUCCAACAAAGACGGAUUUGUAGCUUAUAGUAAUUUACAAUGGAGCUUUUGUUUUCAAAAUCGGUGUAAAAUUAUUUAAACGAACGUAACAAAGGUCCUUCAGUUUAUGUUGGACGCAUGACUCAAAACUUGACCACACUGUCUUUCACAGGCAAACUGUACCAAAUCACUGAUUUUCUUUGUUUUGACCAGUUUACACUGAAAGGCAGCCAUGAAUGCCGUUUUCACAUUUCUUAUCUAAUUCUCCAGUGCUUUUACCUGUAACCUUGUGUUUUAAUCUUAUAUAUCCAAUGCCUGUUGAUACAGUAUAUUUAAUCUAUAAAUAUGUUGUGCCUUUUAAAGCUAUAUUCAGUAAUUGUGUGAUGCAUUUUUAAAAAGUUUUUUUUAAAUUAAAUUUUAGGUAUGCUAGUUCAUUCACUCUCAGAAAUCUUGAAUUUGGAAACUUGUCAAAUGCAGUAGCACUUAGCAAUUAACAGCCAAUUUUUGUUCCAAACUGUUUGUUUGUGUUUUAUGUAAGUGGAAUUGCAUAUUUAAUUGAAAAUAAAUUGGUUUUUAAACAAAGAAACGCUUGUCCUUGUUUCUUUUUCACUGAACUUGUUUUAAGAAUGUAGACUAAUUGAAAAGCUCCCAAAUUUGAUAAGAUAAAAGAGAACGCUUAAAGAAAACAAGACAAGUUUCUGAGUGAAAGAACUAGCAGUGCUUCCUUUUUCCCUCCCAGCUUGCCAGCAGUGAUAAAUGCGCUGCUGAUUAGCUGGAAUAUUAUAGUUGAAAGCCUUUAUAGCAGGAUGGUACAUAUUCAUAUGUACUUUGUGAAAGCCUGAUCCGUUGCCUAAUUAUUGUCAUAUUUCAGCUCAUGUGAGGUUGCAGUUAAUUAGAUGCUGUAGUCUUUUGAUGCCUCUGUCGGCGCAGUCAUUAGAUCAGAUUAUCAUAUUUUAUUUGAAUCAACUGCAGGACUUGUUUCUAAAGCUAAAAUAAAGCUGUCAGCGUGACAGCAGUGCAGUUUACUUUGUGUUUUUUGUCUCACAUAAAAGAAGAGUAAAAGCCUGUGCUCUCUCUUUGUG